ACCAGGUCUGAUGUUUGUUUACAUUUGUUCUGUCCCUUUAAAAGUCGAAGUGUAAAUGUUCUUUUGUCCCUCUCGGGCCUCCGUGUGUGUUUGUUGACAUCCCGGAGCGCCGCUGGUGCCGCUGAGGCCGGGCUCCGCGCACUCUACCCCGGGUCCAGAGCCUCUGUCCCCGCUUAUCUGCCCGACCUUCGCCCCGGCGCCUCCCGCUCCUCCCGCUCCUCCUCUCCCCGGGAUCCGCGCUCCUCCGCCCGGCCUGAGCUCUGAGUCCCGGCCGUGUGUGUGCGCGCUCUCCGCCGGGCCUCUGGAGCGAGCCGAGCCGGAGCAGAGCGAGCCGAACCGGGACGGAGCCUGAGCGAGCCGCGGGCGGUGGACCAUGGCGUCGGUCCGGGUGGCUGUCCGGGUCCGGCCCAUGAACAGGCGGGAGAAGGAUUUAUCUGCUCAGAACAUCAUCAGGAUGGAAGACAACAAGACGUCCAUCACUAAAGUACAACUACCUACUGGUGAUCGAACCAAAACUUUCACCUACGAUUUUUCCUACGACUCUUCAGACCCGAGCAGCCCCCAGUACAUCACCCAGGACCAGGUGUUCUUGGACCUGGGGGUGGAGGUUCUGAAGUCGGCGUUUGAAGGAUAUAACGCCUGUGUGUUCGCCUACGGACAGACAGGCUCCGGCAAGAGCCACACCAUGAUGGGUACUACAGGGGAGGCUGGACUCAUUCCCAGGAUCUGUGAGGGACUCUUCAGUCGCAUCAGCCACAACUCGAGCUGGGACCAGGCCUCCUACAGGACCGAGGUCAGUUAUCUGGAGAUCUAUAACGAGAGGGUGAGGGACCUGCUGAGGAGAAAAUCCAACCAGACGUUCAACCUGAGAGUCCGAGAACAUCCCAAAGACGGACCCUACGUGGAGGAUUUGUCGAGACACCUGGUGCAGUCGUACUCAGACGUGGAGGAGCUGAUGGAAGGAGGAAACAUCAACAGAACAACAGCGUCAACGACCAUGAACCAAACCAGCAGCAGAUCCCACGCCAUCUUCAGCCUGAACUUCACACAGGCGAAGUUCGACUCGGAACAGCCCAGUGAGACGCUGAGUAAGAUCCACCUGGUCGACCUGGCAGGCUCGGAGAGGGCGGAGUCUACGGGCGCCACGGGGACACGCCUCCAAGAGGGCGGGAACAUCAACAAGAGCCUGGUUACCCUCGGCAACGUCAUCUCUGCUCUAGGACUCUCGGUUCUGACGUGGCUCCUGAAGGACAGUCUGGGCGGGAACUCACGGACCAUCAUGAUCGCCACGAUCUCUCCGGCCGACGUGAACUACUACGAGACCCUGAGCACGCUCCGCUACGCCAACCGCGCCAAGAACAUCAUCAACAAACCCACGGUGAACGAGGACGCCAACGUCAGGCUCAUCCGAGAACUGCGGGCGGAGAUCGCUCGGCUCAAGGCGCUGCUGCUGCAGGGGAACCAGAUCGCGCUGCUGGACUCGCCCACGGCUCUGAGCAUGGAGGAGAAACUGCACCAGAACGAGGCCCGGGUUUUGGAGUUGACUAAAGAAUGGACCAAUAAAUGGAACGAGACUCAGAACAUCCUCAAGGAGGAGACUCUGGCGUUGCGUAAAGAGGGUAUCGGCGUCGUUCUGGACUCAGAGCUUCCUCAUCUCAUCGGCAUUGACGACGAUCUGCUCAGCACCGGGAUCAUCCUGUACCACCUGAAGGAGGGACGAACCUACGUGGGACGAGACGACGCAGAGACGGAGCAGGACAUCGUCCUUCACGGUCUGGACUUGGACUCGGAGCACUGUGUGUUUGAAAACCAGAGCGGCACCGUGACCCUGCGACCCCUGAACCUCUCCCAGUGCUCAGUGAACGGAACCACCGUCACCACGGCAACGGUCCUCACACAAGGGGCUGUGAUUCUUUUGGGUCGUACAAACAUGUUCCGCUUCAACCAUCCCAAAGAAGCAGCACAACUCAGAGAGAAGAGGAAGAGUGGGCUGUUGUCGUCUCUGAGUUUGUCGAUGACAGAUUUGUCUCAGUCGUGUGAAAACCUGUCCACAGUCAUGCUCUACAACCCCGGGUUGGAGUUCGAGCGGCUGCAGAGGGAGGAGUUGGACAAACUGGAGAUGAAGAGGCGUCUGAUCGUGGAGAUGGAGCAGAAGCAGCAGGAGGAGCGGCGUGAGCUGCAGCGCCUCCAGCAGGAGGUGGAGAGUCAGCGCAGGGAGUCUGAGGAGGUGCAGCGGCGCAUGCGUCUGCAGGAGGAGAGUCUGCGUCUGCGCAGCCAGGACAUCGAGAGCCGACUGCGCCAAGUGCUCGAGCAGCAGAAGGUCAAGGAGGAGAGCGACGCCGCAGACCUCCAGCAGGGGGCGCAGACGCAGACGCAGCAGGGGGCGCAGACGCAGACCCAGCAGGGGCCCUGGGACCUGAGGGAGCAGAGGAGCCCAACACAGGAGCCUGUGGAGCCUGAGGACGCUGUGGAGGUGUCCCUGGAGGAGCCCCUUGAGGUUCCUCUGGAGGUUCCUCUGGAGGUUCCAAUGGAGGUUUCUCUGGAGGUUCCAAUGGAGGUUCCUCUGGAUGCUCCUGUGGAGGUUCCUCUGGAUGCUCCUGUGGAGGUUCCUCUGGAGGUUCCUCUGGAUGCUCCUGUGGAGGUUCCUCUGGAGGUGUCGCUGGAGGAGCAGGAGCUGCUGUCGGAGCUGCAGCGUCUGCAGAGGCUCAGGGUGGAGCAGAGGGAUCGUCUCACCUCAGAGACUCACAGGCUGAAGGAGCAGGAGGAGGAGCAGCUCUGUGCAGUGAGGAGACUAGAGGAGCAGCUCCGAGAGCGACGCGACGAGGCGGAGCUGCUCAGAGAUCUGCGGCGUGUGGAGGACGACCACAGGACUCUGACUGAGAUCAGACAGAACCUGCUCCAGGCCAAAGAGACCGGACCAGAGACCGGACCGGGACCAGAGACCGGACCGGGACCAGAGACCGGACCGGGACCAGAGACCGGACCGGGGUCCAGACCGGGACCGGGGUCUGAGGAGCACGAGGAGAGACAGAGCUCAGAGCAGAUCACACAGUGGGCGCGACUGCAGUGGACGGAGUUCAAAGUUCAACAGCUCAAACAUCUGCAGCAGAAGGAGGAGGAGCUCCAGGAGCAGAAGGAACGACUGCAGGAGCAGGUGUCGUCGGAGCGGGGGUGCGUGCUCCGCCUCGUGCAGGGUCUGAGGGCGGGGCCCGACGUGCGCGCUCUCAGCAGCGACGUGCGCGCUCUUAAAGAGGCGGAGCUUCGUCUGCAGCUCAAACAGAAACACCUGAGCUCGCUGACGUCAGCACUGAGCGCGCUCAGAGACGACAAACUCCGCGCCGCCGACGCCCUGCAGCGCCCCCCGGAGGACACGCUGGACGCCGCGCUCUACCAGGUACAGCGCCAUCUACGGGUGGAGAAGGAGCUGGAGGAGCACUCGGACCUUCUCACGUCGCUGGAGUCCACCUCACAGCAGCUGCAGCAGCUUCAGGAGACCUACGAGUUCACCACCAACGUGUCACGGCAGCAGGAGAAGGUCCGGAGCAAGGAGCGACAAAUCCUGGAGUCCAAGGAGAAAGAUCUGAGAGAAGAUCUGCAGAACGCGCUGGAGCGAGUGGAGAGGAGAUACAGCGCUCUGAAGAAGAAGAGAGGAGACAGAGACAGGGUGGAGCGGGAGCUGCAGAGCCUCAGACAGAGUCUCAGCGAAGAUCGGACCAGAUCCUCCUCCGUGAGUCCAGUCCAAGACCUGAGCCCCCUGCCCCCCCUCAGCGACCACAGGAUCAGCGCUCUGAUCGAAGAGGAAGUCCAACGACGUCUGCAGAAGAUCAACCUCAACACCGACAACGACCUGUCCUCCUCCCUCCAGGGGGAGACGCGGCUGGUGAACAGACGACUCAAGUACGAGAAAAACAUCUCGUCUCCGUGGGAACCGCCGGAAAACCCAGACCGGGAACCGGAGCCGGACUCGGACCAAAACGAACCAAAAACCACAGAAAGAAGUUCAGCGGCGCAAAACGAGGCCGACGUUUGUGACAAAAGUUUAAAUUUCAACAAGUCAGAAGAAACCAAGGAGUCGGGCGCAGCGAAAUGGACCAAGCGUCGGUUUUCGGACGACGUUUCCGCGCUGGGCUCCUCCGUGGUGCAGUCGCUCAACUCUUACCUGAGCUCCUACGUCGGUCCGACCCAGCGGGAGAAAAACGCUACGACGUCCGGGAUCGUUUUUGGGUUCUUCGCCGAAAAACUGACGCACGUUUACGAAGACGCGAACCGCAAACUCCAGGAAACUCGUGAGGUCCUGCAGAACGCGCCGAUGGACGUCGUGAGCGGCGCGGUGUCCGAGUACGUGUCCAGAUUUACCCGCCAGCUCCCGGUCGCGCGGAAAAUCACGGCGGCGUUCGCUCCACGGGACGGAGAACUCAAAGAGGAUUCAGAAGACGACGAAGAACGCUCGAACGAAUCGAUGAAAGCGCAGAGGGAUUGUGAGGUUUGGUGCGAUUUUGCGGGCGGUGAAACGGCGGGAGUGGACGGGUGGCCGCUCGGGUCGGUCGUCUGCUCCGAGGACGCCGAUCUCCGGGUUUUCCAGCAGAAGUUCGUGGAAUUUCCGACGCCUUUGUCCUAUUUGACGCUGCUCCAAAACGAGGAGAUUUCAGCCAAACUCCCGGACGUGAACCUCGGGACGGUCUUGAGUGUUUUCUUUGCGGCGACGGCGACUGAAACGCGGCCGAUUCCGACGGCGGCGGGCGUGGCGGUGUGCGCGGGAGGGCUCGCCGUGAUUGGCUGUCGGGAGGAGGAGGCGGGGCUUAGGGUCGAGUGGCGAUUGGGCUGGAGCGAAGUGGAGGAGGUCCGGGUGGGUUUGGGCGGGCAGAGCGUGAGAGUAGAGCGGAAAGGUGAAGGGGGCGGGGACAGGUGUGGAGAGGGCGGGGACAGGUGUGGAGGGGGCGUGGCCGUCUUGACCCUCAGUGCGCGUCUCACUCAGAAGUUUUGCCGGGAAAUCGUCCGAGCUCAGAGUUUCGGAAUUGGACCAAAUCUGUCCAUUUCUGAAUCCAAAGAAAAGUUUCAGGAUCAAAACGAGGAAGUUUUAAAUGAAGUUUUAACAGAAAAUGUGAAUUUUUUUAGACGAAAUGUGGAAGAAAGUGAAAUUUCAGAGAUUUGGGAAAAGGAGCAGAUUUGGGAAAAAAAGAUUUGUGGGGAAAACUGCGACGCAAAAUCACUCGAGGAAAAUGACAAACAACGUCUAGGUCCAGUCUCAGACCUCAUGUCCCUCUCUCUGGACUGGACCUCCUCGGUCUCGGACCUCGUGCUCUCAAACGGGCUCCGGUUCAGGUCCCGGUUCGGGCGAGUCCUGGCAGAUCUUCUGUACCUGGUCCACGGGAACAUGGAGGGUCCGGAUCGUCCUCCUCUGGCCCUCGUCCGGCCCGUGGUCUUCACCAGCGUCCUGCUCCGGUCCGAGCCCGAACACUCGCUGACCACGCGGCUCCUCCUCACGGACACUCACGUCUGCCUCCUCAGGGACCACGGCCCGGGGUCUGUUCUCGGGUCUGGUUUCAGUUCUCUGAAGGUCCGAGGUCGGGGGGAGGUGCGGCGCGUGUUUGCGAGGAGCGUUGACGGCUGUGUGGAGCUGGAGAUGAUCUUUCACUCCAGGAGAAGAAUCAGGAGGAACCCAGAGGAACGCAGGAGGAACCCAGAGGAACGCAGGAGGAACCCAGAGGAACGCAGGAGGUCAGAGGAACUUCAGGAGCGUCUGAUUGGUCGUUCGUGGACGUGCGGCGCUGACGUCUCGGGGGAUUCGCUCAGUGUUUCUGUUCCGCGCUUCGUUCUUCGAGGACAAGGAAAAGACGAACACUUUGAGUUUGAAGUGAAGUUGUGUUUGGGGGAGGAGACCUGGAGUGUUUUUCGCAGAUACAGUCGCUUCAGAGAAAUGCACCAGAACCUGCGAGUGCGAUUCCCCCAGGUGGCGAGUCUGGAUUUUCCUCCAAAGAAACUUUUCCGAAAUAAAGACGAGAAGAUGGUUUCAGAACGUCGCCUCCAGCUCCAGCGGUACCUGAGGGACCUGUUUGCUCUGGUCCGGUCCUGGUCUCCGUCUCCGCUCAGACCCGACUCAGAACCUCUGAACAAACUCCACGUUUAUGAGUUCUCCUCGUUCUUCAAGAAAGGCGUCUUCGAGUCGAGCAGCCACGGGACCGGAUAGACCCAAAGAGACCCGAACGGGACCGGAUAGACCCAAAGAGACCCGAACGGGACCGGAUAGACCCAAAGAGACCCGAACGGACCGGAUAGACCCAAA